UGAACACUUUUUUUCCUGAAGAAAUGAAGUUGCGGAAAUGAGAUGUUGGUGGCAAGUGAUGAGUUUGCUGAUAUGCUAUUCAAAAUUUGACUUCCACUUGCAGCGCACGUACGAGUACUACCGUACAGAGAUGUCGACAGCGAGAAAUUUAUCGUCCAUCUCAAGAUUACCACUGAUGCCAUUGAUUGUUCAGAACUUCCGUAGAGCGAGUGUAAUAACAUCGCCCACGAGAAAGGGUAGUCACUUUAAKGAUUCAAUUCUUUUCCAGGAUGGAAUGCGAACGCGAGAAAAUAGAAUCUUCUGAGACAAGUUCCGAGAACGACGCAUUUGACGACGAUAAGAAAUACAAGUCAAGUACGAAGAGAAAGAAAGAAAAUCGAAAGUCAGAACGCAAGUCGGAAGAUCGAGCACGGAAGAAAGAACGACUAGGUAACAGUAGAGGAAAAGGAAACAACGAAGACGACUAUAGCGAUAGGAGUAGCAGUAGAGAAAGCGCUAGCGAAGACAAUUAUAGGAGGAGGGAUCGGAAGCGCAAACGACACGCGAAAAAACAGCGAGGCAGCAGCAGGAAAGCUUCUCGUUCCUAUUUCAGUGACGACUCCUCCGAUGAUGACGAAAGUUCGAUUAGCAAUUCGAGUGAAACUGAUUCCUACAGAAACGAGGCGCGACGGAAACAGAAAAAGGACGGAAGACAGAGGCGUCGGAAACGAAAAGAGAAGCGAAACUACCGUUAUGAUUAUUCAUCCUCCUCAUCGUCCGAUGACGAGUCUUCAAAUCAUAAAAAACGCAAGCAUAAAAAGGGAAAAAAAAAGAAAAAAAAGAAGAAAUCGAGCAAAUCCGAAGAACGUCGAAGUGUUAUCUCAGGAAAGAAAAUAAAGCUGCACAUUGAAAAGACAGACGAGGACUUAGCUCGAGAAGAAGCCAGAAAGAAUUAUCUGGAGUUUAUGAAUUCUUCAGUUCGAUAGACUAUAUAAUAGGAUAAUGUAAAAUCGGCAAAAAUAGUUUCAAAGUUAUCUGCCACUUCUAUCAAUCAUAAUAUUUUCCAGCUCUCGAUGCUCGAAACAGCGUUGAAGAAAUUAAUUUAGUUUAG